AUGGUCAACUACUCAGAAGAUCUUGAACAGCAUGGACUGGCAGUGCGGUACAAUACAGGAGAUGCGGCGGCUCCUGUUGUGACAGGGACGAUUCCCGUGGCGCACGUGCUCGGGUUGCUGGGGCCAAACGCCAGCUCGGAGAAGGCAGGACGGGCGCGCGCCAAGCAGAGGGACCUGCUGCAGCAGUUUGUGGGGCGAGACAUCCCUGCAAUUGUGUUGGAGGUCACAGGCACCCAGGAAGGCGAGGAGGCGGUGGUGCUGUUCAGCCACCGCAGGGCCCUGGGCGAGCCGGGGCUGGGGCUGGAUGACCUCAAGGUCGGCGAUUUGAUUGAGGGGACAGUCAUGCGGCGAGUGUACCGCAGCUUCCACCUGGAGUGGAUAGAACUGGACGUUGGCGGUGGCCUGUGUCUAAGCCUAGAAGCGACGCAAAUCACGCGCUCCAAAGACAAGCUGCGGAGUGACGUCAUCCGGCGCUUGUUCCAGGACCGCGAGCUAGUGACGGGCACGGUGCAAUCUGUCCGGAAAUAUGGCGCAUUUGUUGACGUCAUCACUGGCAACGGCGUCCCAGCUGUGGGGCUGCUGCACAUCAGCCAGAUCACCGAGGAGCGCAUCAGUUCAGCGGAAGACGCCAAGGUGGGAGACAAGGUCACAGCGCUGGUGCUGCGUUCAGAGCUUAAGCCCGAGCGCUUCUCAUUGAGCACCAGGAAGCUGGAGCGGGAGCCAGGCGAAAUGCUGAGGGACCGGCAGGCGGUGUUUGCUGCGGCGCAGGAGAGGGCGGCGGCAUCCAAUCCACGUGUGUAG